UGAGCGUCUAGUUUCACUAGUCGGACGAACGAAGACCUGAGUGGUCACAGUGUUGGUUGAAAUCAUGGCCGGUAACUCUGAAUUGCCGUCUGGAUACGACUAUCAGUUUGUCGAGGGUGUACAUCAAGACUAUAUUUGUAGUAUUUGUCAUCUUGUAAUGCGAAAACCAGUACAGACAAAAUGUGGACAUCGAUUUUGUAAGGAUUGUUUGGAUGCAGCCUACACGAAGAGAAAACGAAAAUGUCCUCUGGACAACAAGCGACUUACUGCACAGCAGGUGUUUGACGAUUUAGCAACAGAAAGACAAAUUCUAUCGUUCAAGAUAAAGUGCCCGAACCAAUGUGAUUGGCAAGUAGAACUGAGAGAUGCCAAGAACCACGAAAGGGAUUGUCCGAUGACAAUUGUAACCUGCAAUUACCUCAAUAUGGGAUGCAAUUUUAAGGGACCAAGAAAAUGUUUAAAUGAUCAUUACGAGAACACCCUGGCAGAACAUCUUGCCAUCACGACGAAUCAACUCUUGACACUAAAAGAUGAAAGCAAAAAACAAGUAGAAGAAGUUACAGCUCAGCUCUUGGAACUCCAAGAUGAAAACAAUGUGAGAUUGGACAUGAUUAAAGCAGAGUUCAUAGCACUUCGAAAUGAGCACGACAAACAAGUGUCAAGAUUCAUGACACUUAAAAAUGAAAGCAAGAAACAAGGAGAAGAACUUACAGCUCAGCUCUUAGAAAUACAAGAUGUAAACAAAAUGAAACUGGAAACAAUUUUAACCACACUGUUCACGAUUCAAAAUAAAUACGAAAACCAAGUGGCCAGACUUGAAACAGAGAUCGAGAAUCACCAAUAUGAAAGCGAAGAAAACAUCUUCAGACUUCAAACAAAGAUCGAAAAACACCAAAAUGUAAGCAAACAAAACGUCUUCAGAUUUAACGUAGAGAUCGCCAGACUUGAACAGCAUUUCGAGAGACUUCAAGAUCAAAGCCGAGAAGAAGUAAACAAACUUAAAGCGGAGCUCAUGACAAUUCAUGAWAAACAAUCUUUGAUGACGAAGAUAACACUUUUUCUUUGUUUACUUCUCUUCACUCUUUUUGUGAUAUWURUGGUACAAUUUACUGACGCACAUGAUUCACAUGUGCAAGAUGAUUCGCAAGAUGAUUCGCAAGAUGAUUCACUCUAUAGUUACGCGCGGAGAAUCUUUGUCCGACUCUGUCACUCUAUGAUGUGAUUAUCCGAAGACAACCAUGCAGUCACGCAAUAGUUACACGUGGAAAAUUAACGAUUUCGGCCAACAGCUACAGCUUGCAAAGCAGCAAGACMGUGAUAUCAUACUGCACAGUGAACCGUUCUACACUCACAA